AACAUCUUUUAUAAAAUUACAAAAUUUUUUGUUGUUUGGAUCUCAUUUUCUCGGUAUCCAAACAACCAGAUCAUAUCAUGGACUCAACCUACUCCCACCACAAAACCAGCACCAAUCACCCCGAAAAGCAGCAGCAGCACCAGCAACAUCAUGAUCAACAGCUGCAAUCAGCCUCCUCCGAUCUGCUUUCGAGCGCCAAGUUAAUGGCCGAGGCGGCCAAAGCAGCGCUCAACCACGAAACGGUGGACACGGGCAGAGUCGCCGGAGCCGCUGCAGAUCUCCUCGAAGCCGCCUCUCAUUACGGCAAACUGGAGGAGAAGAGCUUCGGAAAAUACGUCGAGAAGGCCGAGGAUUAUCUUCACCAAUACCACUCUUCCCAUUCCACCACCACCACCACCACCAACGCCUCCGGAGACACCACCACCACCACCUCGACUCAUUCAUCAUCGCAUUCACAUCCAAACCCACGUCCAUAUUCAGGUGGUGAUGAGGAUGAAGAUGGCAAAUCUGGAAGUGGUGGUGGGUAUGGAGAGUACUUCAAGAUGGCUGAAGGAUUCUUGAAGAAGCAUUGAUCCACAAAUUUCGGAUUUGGAUCUCUUGUUUGUUUAUGGUUUUAUAUUUGUAUGUGGUGUAUUCGAAUUUCUAUGUUGUUUGUUUGUUUGUGUUUAUGAAUUGUUUAGAUUGUGGAAUAUAAAUGUGACAAACUUGGUAGAUCUGAUUCUAUGUACCAAAAUCAUCUUUAUAUCUUUAUUUUCAUAUUGUAAUUCAUGUUGUAUUGUAGUUGUUGUUCCAAUUCUUCACGGAAUUUCAAAA